AAUCUGCUCAAAAGCAAUACGAAGAAGAGAACGGUCCUUCGGAGGAACAGCAAGAAAGGCAGGGACAGACUUUGAAUAUUCAAAGAGAUAACUCGUUCCACUUAUCCAAUCCUCAUAAUCCACCACCAAACCGCCAUUCAGGACCUAUGGGUGGAGGGCCACCUCCGAUAAAUUAUCCGUACCCCAACUCGCCUUCCGUGAUGAGAGGACCAGGUCCCGGACAAGGAUUUCCUCCGGGGAUGCCUUCAAAUCAGUACGGAAGACAUGAUGCUUCGCCUGCACGGAUGCAAAUGCAUAUGAGCGGUGGCAUGGGUGGAGUUGUGGGCGGUGGCAUGGGGAUGGGAGGUAUGGGGAACAUGGGCGGAAUGGGCGGAGGUAUAGGUAGUAUAGGUGGAAAUAUGGAUUUUGGACAUCAAAAUCCUGCAAUGGCAAUGGGUGGUGGAGGAAUGGGUGGCAUGCCUUCUCCCGGUAUGAUGGCUGGACGAAGAAUGACAAGAGGCAUGGCAGAGGAGUAUGGGAUGCACUAAUCAAACCUUGUACAUGUGUGGUAGUGAUGUAGACUACAGGUGCAUGUACCCUCGCUGGAAGAUCAAAUACAAUAUAAGUGGCCUCUAAAGUGUUUUAAAAGA